GUCCUCGUCCUCACUUCACCAACUUCAUCACGCACGCAUACUCUUCACCCACUCCACUUUUCGAAGCCAUGAAAAAAGGCAAUUCGCCUGAAAAAUCUCCAUAAUAAUCAUCAAGUGCCCCGAAAACAGAAAAAAAACAACCAUAAGGUGAAAGGGAAGGGAAGGGAAGGGAAGAACAGUCCACAAGGGAUGCGCUCGUGCGGCUUGAUUUUGCCGGGAAGCGGAACGGACCCAUCACGCUUCUACGCCUUCCCGCGGCCCGCAGCGGCUCGACCCUUAUACCCGACGCGGGUCCGGUUCGCUCCGAUAAGGGCUGCUGCCUCAUCCAUGACCGGGGAGGGUCUGGCGGCUGGGUCCACCUUCUACGAGCUGCUGGGGAUACCGGAAACCGGGACGCUGCCGGAGAUAAAGCAGGCGUACAAGCAGCUGGCGAGGAAGUACCACCCCGACGUGUCGCCGCCGGAUCGGGUCGAGGAGCACACCCGGCGGUUCAUUCGGGUCCUGGAGGCCUACGAGACCCUCUCCGACCCCAGGCGGCGAGCCCUCUACGACCGCAACAUGGCCAAGGGCCUCCACCUCGCCUUCUCCGCUCGCAGAUCCUCCUCCAAAUUCGAUGAGGGAUUCGAGGAUAAAAGUGAAUGGAAGAGCCAGUGGCAGUCCCAGAUAUCGGAGCUGAAGAGGAGGACCAUACACAAAAGCUCGAGAGGGAACAUGUCGUGGGGAGCUCGAAUGCGACGGCAAAGAGACGAGUCUGCAGACGAGUCAUAAACCCACCCCUGGUUCAAAUUCUCGAUCCAUGUAUAUAACUAUAUAAUCUUCCUUGUGUUCUACGUUUAGAAUAGUGAUAUAGGGGGCUCCAUGGCAAGCCUUUUGACUUAUUCACGCGUACUCAACUGUUGCUUAAUGGGGAGAUGUAUAGUUACCGACGAAUUGAGGAAAAUUGUAUAGUUUUGCGGUGCUUAUAGUAUCAAAACUUUGCUGUAGCGAUUACACGACCAAUAUACUUUGAGGCUGAGAUCACUUAAAAGUUAAAACUUCUGUCUAA